GGCUGCCGGCUCCCCGUGCGUCCCGGCCGCGCGCUGAUUGGCUGCCCGCGCCAAACGUCGGUAUUUGAAUCGGUGGCGGGCGGGCUGACUCCGGGACUCGGCGCCUCCCGCUCCAUCCUCGACUACGCGCGGCGGCCGGCAGAAUGAGUCUGCUGAUCUUCAAUGACGAAAAUGCCACUGGUGACAGGAGUGCAGAAAGCUGCGACUUCCUGUUUUUGCCACCGGAACUCAGCGGAAGAUCGCCCGUUCUCCGCCUGUCACAGAAGGAGAAUGUGCCGCCCAAGGGCACGGCCAAAGCGGUGAAGGUGACCUUUCAGACGCCUCUACGGGACCCACAGACGCACAGGAUCCUGAGCCCCGGCGUGAGCAGCAGACCGGACGCUGGCCCCGCUCUGGGUGACACCGCCGGGUCAGAGAACGCUCCUCAGGUCCGGACCCAAAAAGAGAACCAACAGCUCACCCGGGAAGCGGACCCCACGACGACAGAUGGGAUUCCGCAGAGCCCAGCAGGGGCGGGCGCCCCCUGGCCUCCAGAGGACGUGAGACCAGCCUCCGAGGACAGGCACUGCAGCAGGCCCGCCGCCGCCACCGCCCCCCAGACCCGGCCGGGCCUCUUGGGCUGUCCCCAGGCCCCUGCAAGUCUCGGAAAUUCGAUGGCAUCUCCACAAGGAAUGUCUGACGGACCCGAGCCGGGCUUGGAGGAGAACGUUAGUUCUUAUUCCCUAGACACAACCAUUACGUCCGCCUCUGAAGUUCUAGAAGAUCCUGCCGAGGUCGCAUCCGCAGACAGAACACAGGGCGCUCACAGAACCACAGGAGAAUCCCCCAGCGGACCCCUGGCCCCCUCGGCCGGGGCCGCUCUGCUCCCUGGCACUCACCCCGCAGUGGCCCUCGGAGAGGACCUCCUCCCAGGCCUGCCUGGGCCCCCCGCCGGCCCUGAGGACACCCCUGGCCCUGAGGACACCGCCCCAGCGGGCCCUCUGCAGGCUGGAGGGGCCACGGCCCCAAGUCCUCGGAAGGAGGAAGCCAGUGGCCCAAUGGCCAGCUCAUCAAGGAAUGGGCCCAUAAGGCUAGAAUUUGACUUUUCUGACGAUGCCCCCGGCAAAAGGCCCCCUCCACCGAGGACCCUGGGGGAGAGACCAGCAGCGACGCAGGACAAGGCCCCCCAGGAGGUGGACGCGGCUCCUGCUCCUCCCCCUCAGGGGUCGUACAGCCUGGACUGGGACAAGCUGGAGGACCCGAACUUCAACCCAUUUGGAGGCGGCGGAGAGGCCUGGCCCCCAGCGUGCCCCUGGAGCGAGCCGGCAGGGCCCGCGGCCGCAGAGGACGCCCCUCCAAGCCAGCAGGUGCCUCCAGCCUCCGCAGAGGGCACGCCCGUGGCACAGACCGCAGCGGGGGCCUCGGGAGCGGCGGGCGAGGAGGGCAUCCCGACUUCUCCAGUGGCAGCGGCCUCCCCCAGCGGUCCGGGCCGCGAGCCCCCAGUCUCACCAGCGGGCCCGGCGUCCCCAGCUCCGCAGGGGCCAGAGCCCGCCCCGGACCCCAGCGAGGAGCAGUUCCGGGACCCGGCGGAGGUUCUAGGCACGGGGGCCGACGUGGACUACCUGGAGCAGUUCGGGGCCACCCUGUUCAAGGAGUCGGCCCUGAGGAAGCAGUCCUUGUACCUCAAGUUCGACCCGCUCCUGAGGGACAGUCCUCGCAGACCGGCCCCCGGGGCCCCCGUGGCCCCGGACACGGACAGGUCCAGCCCACAGAGCACCGACGGGCCGUCCUCAGGGAGCCCGCCCGAGGCCGGGCUGCUGGACCUCGACUUCCCCGCAGCGCCGGGCCUGCCCGUGCUAGGCCCACCGCCGUGUGUGCUCGGGCCAGGGGCGCCCAUCGUGGACCUGCUGCAGUACAGCCAGAGGGACCUGGAUGCGGCGGUGGAGGUGGUGCGGAAGGAGAACGAGCAGCUGCGGAGCCAGUGUCGGGAGCUGCAGGAGAAGAACCUGGAGAUGGGGAAGGUCAUGGACGGGUUCGAGAGCAUCGUGUACCAGGCAAUGGAGGAGGCUCAGAAGCAGAAGGAACUGGCCAAGGCUGAGACUGAGAAGGCUCUGAAGGAGAAGGACCAGCUGGCCUCGGACCUGAGCUCCAUGGAGAAGUCCUUCUCAGACCUCUUCAAGCGCUUUGAGAAGCAGAAGGAGGCGAUCGAAGGCUACCGGACGAACGAGGAGUCCCUGAAGAAGUGCGUGCAGGACUACAUCGCCAGGAUCGAGAAGGAAGGCCAGAGGUACCAAGCCCUGAAGGCCCAUGCGGAGGAGAAACUGCGGCUGGCCAGUGAGGAGAUCGCCCAGGCCCGGAGCAAGGCCCAGGCGGAGGCGCUGGCCUUCCAGGCGAGCCUGCGGAAGGAGCAGAUGCGCGUGCACUCACUGGAGAAGGCCGUGGAGCAGAAGACGAAGGAGAACGACGAGCUGACCCGCAUCUGUGACGACCUCAUCUCCAAGAUGGAGAAGAUCUGACGGCCGGCGCCUGCUCCGUGUCCCGGCCUCCCCGCCUCCUGUCUGUCUGUCUGUCUGUCUGUGUGUCUGUGUCUGUCCGUCAGAGGUUUCCCUGUUCUCCCUCCUCUCCUCACGUCAGCUCACUUUUAAACUAGAUUGCUGUAAAAAGACUAAAUAAAGUUUCCCUCGAGUU